AUGGGUCCAGUAGUGUUGGGUCAAGGCCAGGAGGGGCAGCCCGAAGCGCGCGCAUGCUCUGGACUCCUGCACCCGCCAAAAUGGCCAAUCGUUUUUAAGUUUGUGUUUAAGGAGAAACUAACAAUGAAAACGGACUCGUUGAGGGAGGAAAAGUUAGAAUGCAGCCUCUGGUGCUGUUUGAGCGAUCCCUGUCUCCCCGGCCGGCGCUGCUGUGUUCUGGAAAGGCGCAUUGUACCGUGGAUGUGGCAGGAAUCCUAUUCAUCUUCUUCACCAAUAUGGUUUGUGGACUCUGAUGAGCCAAAUCUGAUACCAGUUCUGGAAUGUCUAGAAGAUACUAAGAACAACAAUUUGCUUCAUCAGCAAUUGAAGUCGGUGAUAUGUGGACUCUGCAGAUUAUAUAACCUUCCUAAGCACAUGGAUGUUGAGAUGCCAGAUCAACCACUACCCAUGGGUCAGCCCUGGAAGAUUCUUUCUCUAUUUUUGAAUGGGACAAAAGAAGAAGUGACUUCAAAGAAGAGGAAGAAAAGAUGGCUGAAAGUUUGAGUCUCGCUCUGUUGCCCAGGCUGGUCUUGAACUCCUGG